UGCUACGUGGCGGGGCGGGGGGGCGUGUGCGCAGACUCACUAGGGCUUUUCGGACCACGUGGUCAGACUCGCGUGAGAACUACCGCUUGGUGUCUGGAGAAAUGGCUUCUUCAAGUGUCCGUUUGUGAUGUUGGCCCUUCUGGUGCUUUCGCAGGGUCACUGAUGAAAAGUCGGUCCUUCACCUUCUCUGUCCUCAGAGGAAAAUUGUAGUGCAGAUGCCUUUUAGGAGGUGUAAAUAUUGAAAAAGUUAGCUGAGUCCAUGACUAUACUCUGCCCUUUUUGUUUUUUAAACGUAAGGAGCCAAAGAAGGAAAUGAAUGAAGAGACUAGUUGGCAAGACAUCAGAAUGACUUUUUCAUCCACCUGCUGAGGUGGAUUAUUUUUAAACUGGAGGAAAUCCAAUGGCCUUAUCAAAAGCCCAAAGAGGAAUGUGAAAAAUCUUCCAUUAUUCCAAAGCUCCUUUUCUGCUGCCAUGGCAACCACACAAGGACUAGAAGGGACCACAGGGGCUGGCCCUGAUGUGCACCAGCCAGAGAAGUCUGCGGUUCUAUACCCACAUCAGUGGAAAUGGACGCCAGAGAAGUUCUUGAAGGGGGAACCUAAAGUCCUCGGGGUUGUGCAGAUCCUGAUUGCCCUGAUGAAACUCAGCCUGGGAAUAAUAAACAUUAAUGUCACAUUUCCAUUCAAUGAGUAUCAUUAUUUGUUAGAGCACGAGGUGUACAAAAUUGUGGGGUCGCUGAUGUUUAUCGUUUCAGGGUCCUUGUCAAUUGUAGCAGGGACUAAAACUACAAAAGGCCUAAUCAGAAGUAGCCUGGGGUUAAACAUCUCCAGCUCUGUGUUGGCUGCACUUGGGACCUAUUUCACUGCAAGCCACUUGAAUAGUUUCCGAUACAAUCUCUUUCACUGCGGCACUUUUGAGAAGGCAGAGAACUGCUUCAUGUCCCUGUAUAUUUUCAUGGGUUUGGAUGCUAUCUUGAUCCUGUUAAGUAUGCUAGAGUUCUGCAUUUCUGUGUCCCUCUCUGCCUUUGGAUGCAAAGUAAACUGCUGCCAUCCUGAGGGGGUUAUGUUGAUUAUGCCAUCAAAUCCUCACAUGGCAGAAACUGCAUUUCCUGCACCAUUUUCAGGAGGUUUGAUGCCACCAACAGACCAACAACAAAAUGUUCCAGAAAAUGCAUCCUGACAGUUGUGCAAGAACCCCAUUUGGGAAAGUACCAGAAUCCAACUCUGGUAUAUACACGAUUCAAAGUGAUGUUCUCAUUUUUCCCUGAGAACUCGACAGCUCAUUUUACUGGCUCUUUAUCAACAAUAGCAGAAAUUAAAUAAAUAA